CACUUUAUCAAAGAAUGAAAUAAGUGGUGAUUUUUAUUAUAUUUCAGUGAAAUAUAAAGUUGGGAAAUUCAAUUCCAUUAUCUGCCACAUAAUUUUGGCUCUAAGAAUAUUGAUUUAAAUUGCUGCUUUUCCAAUUUCUUUUAUUCAAUAUAUUGUAAAUAUGUAUUGUUAAUAUUCUAACAAUACACUGGGUAAUUAUUAACAAAAUCCGGUUAAGUUCCACAGCGUUGAAAAGUAGCAAGUAUUCAGACUGAGGGAACUUGAGAGCUGAACAGAUAUUUCUGACAUGAAGAAACUUUUGUUGAUUGAUGCUGAUUGUGGUGUUGAUGAUGCUCAAGCAAUUAUGAUGGCUCUUGCAAAUCCCAGUGUAGAAGUCCUGGGGAUUACUUGCACUUAUGGGAACAACCUGUUGGAAAAUACAUCAAGAAAUGUACUCCGUGUGCUGCAAGUUUGUAAUAAGCUUGAGAUUCCAGUUUAUCCUGGAGCUGCUGCUCCUCUACUUGGUGGACCUGUUAUAGGGGCACAGUUCCAUGGUGAAGAUGGAUUGGGCGAUGCUCCUGAUCCUAAUGCCCCAGGAACAGAACUUCUGCAGAAGGAAAAUGCUGUGACUGCAAUAUUAAGAAUAAUCAAUGGGCGGCCAGGUCAGGUAUCUCUGGUUGCUCUUGGUCCACUGACGAAUAUAGCAUUAGCAGUGAAAAUGGACCCAUCACUUCCCAAGAAACUUAAAAAUUUGUUCAUCAUGGGAGGAAAUACUGAAUCCAGAGGAAAUAUUAAAGUGUGUGGAGAAUUCAAUUUUGCAACUGAUCCUGAAGCUGCUUACAUUGUCUUAAAUGAGUAUACCUGCCCAAUGUAUAUUGCAGCCUGGGAGUUCACCUGUGCCUGCUCACUGCCCUGGGUAAGAGCGUUCUCUACUCUUUUGUCUAUACUGGGAAUUAGUUUCACUGAAUUCAAUGGGGUUUCAUGCUGGGUAGAUAGGUUAAUUAAACUAGGUUGCAUAGGCUCACUCUAUUCGCUUCUGGAAUGGCGCUGUGCUGCCUCCGCUGUGUAGGAAGGUCAUGCAGAGGAGCAGCUGAUUCCCAAAAAUCUACCAAAAAAGGUAAGUG